UGCAGCCAUGUCAGAAAAACAAGACACACCUCUGGAGCCAUUGCCGCCGCAGACGAGAUGCCUGCGUUGUGGGGACGUACUGGAGUGGUCAGAAGAGCACAGCGUUCUCCUUGGCUGUCCGUGCUGCUCACCAGUGGAUGAAGCUAUUGAAAAUGUAGCCAGAACACUGGCUACUAGAAUAAAAACAGAAAAGAGCCACUGGGCAGCUGGCAGAGUGGGUGACAUUGACUUCAUUGGAUCUAAUAAGACAAGAGGAAAGUUUGUGAGAGUGCGCAGCAACACCGAUCCAGUUCUGAUUUACAAGAUGCUGACAGAGGAGUGGGGUCUGGCUCCUCCACAUUUGGUUGUGGCCUUGGUGGGCGGAGAUGAGCUGGCUCAGAUGAAACCCUGGCUCAGGGACACUCUUCGAAAAGGGCUGGUGAAAGCAGCGCAGAGCACAGGGGCAUGGAUUUUGACUAAUGGCCUUCGUUUUGGCAUCACCAAACACUUGGGCCAGGCAGUGAGAGAUCACUCCUUGGCCAGCACCUCCUCUAAAGUUCGAGUAGUGGCCAUUGGCAUCGCACCCUGGAACAUGAUUCACAACCGAGAGGCGCUGCUCACUGCCAAGGUGGAUGAGCCUGCAGCCUACAAGCCGCAGGACCUGCCCCACGGUUCAGUGUAUUCCCUGGACAGCCACCACUCUCACUUUGUGCUCGUGGAGGAGGAUCCCAACAGACCAGGAGCCACCAGUGAAAUGAGGGUGAAACUACUCAAACACAUUUCCCUUCAGCGCACGGGUUACGGAGGAACCGGAAGUUUUGAGAUCCCUGUUCUCUGUCUCUUGGUCCAUGGGGAGCCCAGAAUCCUAAAGAGAAUGUGCAAAGGGAUUGGAAAUUYCACGCCGUGGCUGAUUCUGGCAGGCUCUGGAGGCGUGGCUGACAUCCUCGUCACGCUGAUGGAGAGAGGCUGCUGGGACACAGACAGUGUCCAAGAGCUCCUGCUGGACACCUUUCCCAAUGCCCACCACAGCACAGACAUCAGUAACUGGGUCAAGCUGAUCCAGAAGAUACUUGAUCAUGGGCAUCUCCUCACUGUCCAUGACCCAGAGCAGGAAAGCUCCGAACUGGAUACUGUCAUUCUCAAAGCUCUCGUCAAAGCUUGUAAAAGCCAAAGUCAGGAAGCUCAAGAUUUCUUGGAUGAGCUGAAGCUGGCUGUGGCGUGGAACAGAGUGGACAUUGCCAAAAGUGACAUCUUUAAYGGAGAUGUGGAGUGGAAGGCUUGUGAUCUCGAAGAAGUGAUGAUGGAUGCGCUCGUCAAUGACAAACCAGACUUUGUGCGCCUCUUCGUGGACAACGGCGUGAACCUGGGCGAGUUCCUCACCUACGGCCGUCUGCAGGAGCUGUACUGGUCCGUCUCAGAGAAGAGCCUCUUUCACAACCUGCUGCUGAAGAAGUAUGAAGAGAAGCAGCUCCUCCUGGGAGCAGCCAGAACGCCUGGUCCGCCCGGACACCAUCCACCUGAGCAAGGCAAACCUCGCUUCACCCUCUUCGAGGUGGCCAAAGUGCUGAAAGACUUUCUGCAUGACUCUUGUAAAGGCUUCUACCAAAAGAUUCCCACAGAGAAGCCAGCGAAGGGCCGACUGUUCCACAGCCAGAAGAACCUGCCCGAGCUGGAGGAGCGCUGUGAACAUCCUUGGCGAGAUCUCUUCCUCUGGGCCGUCCUUCAGAACCGGCAGCAGAUGGCUAACUACUUUUGGGCCAUGGGCCCCGAGGCAGUUGCAGCAGCGCUGGCAGGCUGUAAGAUUCUAAAGGAGAUGGCGCGCCUGGAAUCCGAGGCUGAGUCUGCGCGCAGUAUGAAGGAGGCCAAGUAUGAGCAGUUUGCCCUUGAUGUCUUUGGAGAAUGUUACUCCAACAGCGAAGACAGGGCUUACGCUUUGUUAGUGAGAAGAACGCACUGCUGGAGCAAAUCUACCGUUCUCAACUUGGCAACCGAGGCAGAUGCUAAAUCCUUCUUUGCCCAUGAUGGAGUCCAGGCCCUCCUCACAAAGAUCUGGUGGGGAGCAAUGACGACAGACACGGCCAUCUCCAAACUCGUGGUGUCUUUCUUCUGUCCACCGCUCAUCUGGACCAACCUCAUUAAGUUCAGUGAUGAGGAGCUGGAUAACCGUGAGGCUAACAAGCAGUUUGUGGAGUUGGACAGCCUGGAGACAGAAAAGGCGUUACUGCUAACGGAUGAUGACGACCCUCUGGACACCACACCUGGAAGUCUUGAAGCUCAGAGCUGUGCCACUGUCUGGUGGCGCUUCCUGCUCCGCCGCUGGCGUCGCUUUUGGAGUGCUCCUGUCACCGUGUUCCUCGGCAAUGUGAUCAUGUACUUCGCCUUCCUCUGUCUCUUCACCUACGUGCUCCUGCUAGACUUCCGCCCACCGCCACCUCUCGGACCCGGGGCUCCUGAGAUAAUGCUCUACUUCUGGGUCUUUACCUUGGUGCUGGAAGAAAUUCGACAGAGUUUCUUCACAGAUGAAGAGAUGAACAUCCUGAAGAAGUUUAAACUUUAUGUAGAGGACAACUGGAACAAGUGUGACAUGGUGGCAAUCUCUCUCUUUGUUGUUGGGGUUUCCUGCAGAUGAAGGAUGUUUUCUUCUUCCUCUUUUUUCUGAGUGUGUGGCUUAUUGCGUAUGGAGUCGCCACCCAGGCUCUUCUUCAUCCCAACGACCCAAGGAUUGACUGGGUGUUUCGCCGAGCCUUAUAUCGCCCUUAUCUGCACAUUUUUGGUCAAAUCCCCUUGGAAGAGAUAGAUGCUGCUCGGAUGCCUGAGAUGAACUGUACCAAUGACUCAGAGGAAAUUGUCAUGGGACUACGACCGCCAUGUCCCAACRUCUACGCCAACUGGCUGGUCAUUCUGCUGCUAGUUAUCUUCCUUCUUGUCACCAAUGUUCUGCUGCUCAACCUCCUCAUUGCCAUGUUCAGCUACACCUUUCAGGUAGUUCAGGGUAAUACAGAUAUUUUCUGGAAGUUUCAGCGAUAUAACCUGAUUGUGGAAUACUACAGUCGUCCAGCACUGGCCCCACCUUUCAUCAUCAUUAGCCACCUCUCUCAGCUUUUUCUCAGCCUGAUAAAAAGACCUGAGUCCAAGCAAGAACAUCUUGAGAGGGAGCUGCCAGUAGGACUGGACCAGAGACUCAUAACAUGGGAAACAGUACAGAAGGAGAAUUACCUGGCAAAACUGGAACGCCAGCACUGGGAGAGCAGCGAGGAGAGACUCAAGAGUACCUCCUCAAAGGUUCAAAGCUUGCUGAAGAUUGUUGGAGGAUUUAAGGACCAAGAGAAACGACUGGCAUCCAUGGAAGCUCAGGUCAGAUAUUGUGGAGAGGUGCUGUCCUGGAUGGCAGAAUGCUUUGCUAACAGCACACUUAAAUGUGGAAAAGAAGUCCCAAAAGCUCCAACAUCUCUAACAGGCAGCACUGUGGACACGCCUCAGAGUCAUCCAGAGAAAGAAGCCAAACAAGAAGAGAGAGAAACCAAACCUGGUCCCCCGGGAUAUGGAGCCAACAAGAAAUUUCCUUACAUUGACGAAUAGAAAUAAAUGAUAGUAACUUGUAGCACGAAGGCACACAUUGAUCCAAACACUGACACAAUCCUAGUUCCUCCUCUUGGUCCUUAUAUUUUUCAUCCAGGAAAGUCUAUGUCCCUUUUCUUGGAGUGAUUAAAGCGUGUCAUCUCGCCUUCAAAGUGCCCCCCUCAAUCCUCAGCUCAAGAGCUGGAUGACUAUUAUCCUUUAAUCCCAAAAGAAAAGGGGCACUAUACCAUAUAACAAGUACAAAAAGAUAGGGCAAAAGAAGUGGGGAGCUUGUCUUAGAACCACAAAAUGUCAUUUUUUAAAUGAAGUAAGUCAGAUUUGGCUUAAAUGAAACUAAUAAAAAAUAAGCAAUUUUUAUUUCAGUAGGUUGCAACAAUACAGCAUUUUCAAACGUGUCACUUCUGGGUUAAAAUGUGAGGGAUUUUUUUAUUUUAUUUUUUUAGUAUAAAGUGUGAASAGCAGAGUCAAAAAAUCUCAAAACUAAUGAGUUAUAAAGCACCGAUCCACUAAAGAUAUGAUCUAAAAUCAUUAGAUGGAAAACAAAUCAGGGUCAAAGCAGCAUGUUUACUGUAAAACAACAACACUGAGUUAUUAUGUUGUAUUUUUGUAUGUGUAGAACAGAACCAUAAAAAAUAAAAUACUUGACUUGAUCACAUUAGCCAGGCACUUGUGUGAAACACAUUGUACUGUGCAUUCUGUCAUAAGUAAUGUGUGUGCGCAGAAGAGAAAAAAAAAAAACAUGAGUGCUGAAUGCUGAAAAAAACAAAA